CUCCCAUCUCACUUCCUCUCGGAGCCUUGCCUGUAACGGGGGCUGGCUGACUACAGCCCCGAAAGAAGACACCAUGUGAACAAAGUAUAAAAAUGAACUAAAAUCGAUCCGUUAGUUGUUAUUUUUCGCGACUACUCACCUGUGUUUACGCUCCAAACAACGCCGUCUGGAUGUGAGAGAACGAAUGGCAAGGGCAGGGACAGCAUAAUCUUGCGAAAGGAAGUCGCAAGACAGAUAUAUCAUGCAGGUGAGUGAUGGCCCUCGUCAUAUCCCCAUGUUUGUGCCUCCAUCCAACGGAAACAGCCACCGGUCUCCUGGAUACGUACCAGGCAGGAUUGUGCCUGUGCGCUCCCCUCCCCCUCCCAAAGCCCCACCCCCACCGCCACUCAAGCCUGCCGCCCCACCACCUCUGCGACCUUUGACCUUUAACCUCUCGGAGGGGAGUCAGGUGAGGGAGCACACACAGACUCAGCAGAGCAAUAAAAAUGCCCUAAUCUUCACGGCCAUCUCCACCGGAGCUCUCCUCCUCUGCCUCACCCUGGUCCUCUCUCUUACCUCCAGAGAUGUCCUCGAUGAGAACUGUCCAGAUCAUAACCCUUCUCUGACCAGCUGGAGUCCAGGUCAUGACCCCCAGAAGGAGGUGGUGGUGCAGAAGGGGCAGAAGUUUCGGCUGGACGCCUCUGCUACCCUUUUUUCACUGACCAUCAAAUCCGGAGGGCUGGUCGUCUUUGUGGACAAUGCUGCCGGAUCCAAGAACAUCACCCUUCGCCUGCGGCACAUCCUGAUCCAGGACGGUGGAGCCCUGCACAUCGGAGCUCCCAAAUGCCGUUACAACUCUCGAGCCACCAUCACCCUGAUAGGCCGUUCCGACGAGAGGGCCGUGCUGGAGGUGCCCAGCUUCGGCCGCAAGUUUCUGGGCGUGGCCAGCGGGGGCACCCUGGAGCUCCACGGGGAAGAGAGGCCCUCCUGGACCCUGCUGACCCGGACGGUGCCGGCAUCUGGGCUGGAGCGGGGCGGCUACUCCUUCCAGCGUAACUUCAGCCGCGGCAUCAACCUGCGUGUGGUGGACCAGGACACUGCUGCAGUCAUCUAUUCAGAGCGCUUCGACACGCACGACUCGCGCAACGACAGCCGCCGGCUCACUGAGUUGCUUCGCAGCCUUCCACGGGGCCGCAUUGUCACCCUGGCUGUGGGCGACUCCGCCGUCAAGAGCCUGCUGGAGGAGACCAAGAUAAUCAUCCAGAACCUCCUGGGCAGCAGCUUCGUCAAUGAUCUCAAAUACAGGCAGGCGUGGGCCCUGGUUUCAGUGGUGGGCGGCGGUAACACCUCGUGCACAGAGGAUGUGAGGGAGCACGAGAACCACGACACUGGCGGGAAGGCGCUGGCUCGCCGAGACUUCGUCACCGUGGAUGGCGUACGCUUCUCCGCCACCGCCUACAGCGAGUGGCGAAAUGGGUUUCCCAUAUCUGGCUUCCAGGUGGAUGCGGUGGACCAGGUGGUGCUGAACCUGCAGGACGACGUGAGCAGCUGGCGGCCGGGGGAGCGUGUGGUGGUGGCCAGCACAGACUACUCCAUGCACCAGGCCGAGGAGUUCACCCUGCUCCCCUGCCCACACUGCACCAGGAAGCAGGUCAGGGUACAAGGGAAGCCCCAGUUCACCCACGUUGGGGAGGUCCUGGACGGGGUGGACAUGCGGGCGGAGGUGGCCCUCCUCUCCCGGAAUAUCCUCAUCCACGGAGAGAUGGAAAAUUCCUGCUAUGGAAAGAACUGGUGCCAGUUCUUCAACCACGACACAUUCGGGGGACACAUCAAGAUCCUGGGCAACUUCUCCUCUGUGCAUGUGUCCCAAGUGGAGCUGAAGCACAUGGGCCAGCAGCAGCAGCAGGGCAGCUACCCGCUGCACUUCCACCGCUGCGGAGACGUGGACCAGCGAGGAGGCUACUCGUCCCCCACCUACGUGGACGCCCUGUCCAUCCAUCACUCCUUCUCCCGCUGCGUGACCGUCCACGCCACCAAUGGCCUCCUGAUAAAACACACGGUCGGCUAUGACACACUUGGACACUGUUUUUUCCUGGAGGACGGGAUCGAGCAGCGGAACACAUUCUUCCACAACCUGGGCUUGCUAACCCGGCCGGGCACCAUCCUGCCCACGGACAGGAACGACACCAUGUGCCAGUCCAUCCUAGACAAAGUCUACAAGAACUACGUCCCCACACCAGCCACAGAGUGCAAGGCUGUGUCUACAUUCUGGAUUGCCAACCCCAAUAAUAACCUAAUAAGCAAUGCUGCUGCCGGCUCGCAGGAUGCAGGGAUCUGGUACAUAUUUCACAGCAUGUCCACAGGCGACUCUCACGGACUGGUACCAGAGACAAGGGCUGAGCUCACUCCCCUCGGAAUCUUCUACAACAACCGCGUUCACUCCAACUUUAAGGCUGGACUCUUCAUUGAUAAGGGGGUGAAGACCACCAAUGCGAGUAAGGCUGACCCCCGGGAGUACCUGUGCCUGGACAAUAACGCCAGGUUCCGCCCGCACAAGGACGCGGACCCGACGCGGCCUCGUGUGGCAGCACUGAUCGACACCCUCAUCUCCUACAAGAACAACGACCUCGGGGCGUGGAUCCGGGGCGGUGACAUCAUCAUACAGAACUCCUGUUUCGCUGACAAUGGAGUUGGGUUGUCGUUUGCCAGUGAUGGCAGCUACCCCAAGGACGAGGGCUCUAGUCAGGAGGUGUCCCAGUCGCUGUUCGUGGGUGAGAGCAGGAACCACGGUUCCAACGGCGGCCAGAACAAAUACUGGGGAGUCAGUGGGGUGGACGGCAAGAAUAGGACGCUACCCAGAAACAAGACAUUCCCCAUCCGAGGCUUUCAGAUCUACGACGGGCCGAUGCGGCUGACGGAGAGCACGUUCCGGAGCUACACCCCGACGGCGGAUCGCUUCACCAGCGCCGUGGGCUUCAACCUGAAGAACACCUGGCAGCUCACACCUCGCAACAACCUCUCCUCCCUCAGCUUCUCCUCCUCUGUGAAGCUGCCGGUGUUCUUUGGAAAGCCAGGCCAGUGGUUUGAGGAGAACGACCUGGACGGGGACAAGAACUCCAUCUUCCAUGACCUAGACGGCACUGUGAGCGGCUAUCCGGACACGUACGUAGGGAGGGUGGACAACUUCCUCAUCCAGCACCCCGGCUGUGUGAACACCAGCCAGUGGAAUGGGGUGGUGUGCAGUGGCCGCUACUCCCAGGUGUAUGUGAAGACUCAGGGGGCUUCCAACCUCAUGCUUUCCAUCAGCCGUGAUGAGUACCCAGACCGACCCAUGGUGCUGCGUGGCAUCAACAGCCAGGGGGCGUCGUCUCAGCAGUACCAGCCCAUCCUCAUGAUGUCCAAGAGCUACACACUCCACUGGAACGGAGCUGCGCCCAGAGAGAUUGUCCUGUCACUCAUUAACUUUGACAAGGACGACUGGGCACUACUGGGCCUUUGCUUCCCGACUGACACCACCUUCCAGGUCAUGUCCGACAUCAAUGACCGCCAGAGCAACACCUUCAUUGAAAUGGAGGACUACGGGCCUGUGAGCUCGCUAGCUGAGCUGAAGAAACGGAUGCUGGAGAGGAAGUACUUUUUUGACCGCUCUGUCGGGCUGUUGUGGCUGUAUCUGCGCGCACGGCACAGCCGCGAGGGCCACAGCUACUGCUCCGCCAGGGGCUGCGAGCGGGUGAAGAUCACAGCCAACACCUCCUCCAAGCAGACGGGCGACUGCACGGCCAAAGCCUACCCCAAGUACCGCCAGACGCCCGCAGCUGUGGUGCCUAUGCCAGUGCCCAGCGCAAAGCCCUGCGAGCAGUGCGGAGCCUCAAAACGGGUCUUCUCCAGCGAUCCUUGGAACUCCUACCUCCAGACUGAGAUCAAGUCCUUGAGCAGCAAAGAGGAGCAGAAUGGAGACAUGCAGUCCCACAUCACUGUGAACGGGAAAAGGUUUCCUCUCACUCAGCCUGGCUUCCGUCUGGUCGCUGUGGAUGCCUGCUCUGGCCAAGUCACAAAGAGUCCAUUGUUUCCAAAGCUGGAUUCCAAAAUGGAACAGUAUUUGAAAACUGGAAUUCCAGCUAGGUCAAUAGUCCUCAUUGGAACAAGAGGCCAACCUGGGGGAAUUGCUGACCUCGCACAAUACCUGGUUCCACUUGGAGCGGCCAAGGUAGCAGACCUUCAAAAUAAAGUCAGCCUGGCUUUCUUCGGGCUCCGGGGAGGCAGCUCCCACCCUCCCGGGGUCACCCUCCUGUCCGCCCAGGGUGAGGAGAGCCUGGGGGUCCAGGAGCGCUACCUCCCCCUGGGUCUGGAGGAGUAUGGGUGUACACAGGAAGGUCCACCCAAACGCAAAGACCUGGACCUCCUGAAGAAAGCUCUGAACCAAAAGUGAACCAUCUCUAAAUGUGAACGAACCUGCGCGCAAAAAAAAACCCAGACUGGAUGAAUGAAUGAAUGAAUGAAUGGAUGAAUGUGAAUUCCUGAGCUUAAUUUAUUUGUCAGAAAGAACUAUGUUUACCACAUUUUAAGGGUAUUUUUAAUUGUGUGUUUUUGAUUAUGGGAGUGGGUUGCGUAUGUGUGUUUUGUGUGUGUGUGUUAGUGUGUGUGGCCGUGAGCUUCACGGUAUAGAGCAAUGCACUUUUUUCUCUUCUUAAAAAACAAAAACAAAAAAACAGCCGAUACCUUCAAACAGUAGUACCAAGAGCCAAAAGUACAGUCAGAUUGAAAUGUUAAACAAGAAAUACAAAACAAAAGCCAAACACAAACACUGAAAUCUCUUUCAUCUGUAUGCAACAGCCAAAGCUAACAGGAAAGCGUGUCUCUCUCUCUCUCCUCUUUAAAGCCAUCACUGGUGAUGGUAUCUUUGUGUCUCAUCCAUGUUUAAUUACAUCUAAACAUAUAUUUUUAUGUCACUGGGAGGAGGAGAGAGUGAAGAAUGAUCCAUAUGCUCCCUGUAUGUUUGUGUGCGUAUUUAUUACACCUCUCCCUCCCAUCUCUCUCCCUCCCUCCAUCUCUCUCCCUCCCUUCCUCCAUCUCUCCUCCUACCCUCCAACUCUCUCUCUCUCUUCCUACCCUCUCUCUCUCUUUCUCUCCCCCCCUCGCUCAGCUCAGUGUUUGCUCUAGGGGAAUGUUUUUGUGUCCAUAAUUUCAGUGCUGCUGAUCGGCACCGGGGGAGAGAGCCGUAUAGCCAUGUCCCAGCUCUCCUUCAGUGUGCUGAAUGUGUUCCUAUCCGACUCCCCUUGUUUUUGUAUGAGACGUUUAUAAUAUGUUUGUCAGAUACAGAUUCUAUUUGUUCACAGUGGAAGAUUGUUUUUUUUUCUCGUGGCAGCCUGGCUGUGUGUGCAAUGCAGGUGUGUUUAUUUGGUGACUGGAUGAGUAGCCACUGAAACAACCCUCCCCCCCUCCUCCCAACCCUAGCCCAUCCCCACCCCCCAACCCUAGCCCAUCCCCACCUUAACUACCCUCAGGUGGGUGUGAGUUGUCAGGACAUAAGACACCAAAGUUGCGUCUUUGUUUGGAAGUUGAACGUACGUUGCCAGGUUGGACUGGUUUCCAUCGGUUGUGCCCCCAGUUGAGCUGUCACACACUGAUAAAAACCCAAAGCUCUUUGCUAUGAAAACCAAGCUCGAUAAAAAUCAACCAACAUGGAGGAUCUGCCUCAUGCUGUAUCAGAAGGGUGUGCUUGUAUGCCUAUAAGCAAAGAGAAUUAGAGGUGACAGACCUGCUUCUUAACCACUGCACUGUAGUUUCAAAGGACAUGCAUAUUAUGUUGGAAUUUGUUAAGUAAUGGUUUGGAGAGGUCAUUGUGUCUGUGGUGGUAAAUCUAGCUAGUUGUUGUAACUGGUAUGGUUCUUUAAGUGCCUUUGCUUCAUACGUUUUUUAUGCUGGCAAAGUGUUGAAUCACUUGCAGUGUGUCUGUUUCAUAACCAGUUUUUUUCAACCACAGUGUUUCUCUUCAAUGGCAAACAUUUAUACUUUAUUGUAAUAAAAUAAUUGUGUUUA